AGUGGCUCUGUUGCAUUGUUGACCAGAAUAUCGUGUUCUUUCCGACAUUUUUCAUAUUCGAUCAACUCGGAAUGUUCCAGUAUUAUCCUACGGUGCAUGGUCCAGUGAAUAUGUCUGUCCCUUAUGGGAUCAAAUUCUUAAACUCCUGAAGGCAUGGGUCAAGCCCUAUCUGCACCAGUUACAACAAAACUUACUAGCACCUGGUCCAACGAUAGUUACAUCGUCGCUGCCUCAUGUAUGCAAGGCUGGCGUGUUCACAUGGAAGACGCGCAUACUUGCUUAUUGGAAUUGCCGGGGGAUCCAAAAGCUGCUUACUUCUCUGUUUUCGACGGGCAUGGGGGAACUAGAGUUGCUCAACAUGCUGGAAUGUACUUGCACGAAAAGAUAGUGGCACAGCCAGAGUAUGUGAGGAAUGAUAUCAAAGAGGCUGUACGACGAGCAUUCCUAUUGCUGGAUGCUGAAAUGCAGGCCGAGAUGACUUCUUACACAGUCAAUCAGCAAGUUCCCGCUGAAAAAGACUGUGCUGUUUCUCCUCGUUCAAGCUCCACGACGAACACUUCUCAAUCAUCUCGGGAUUUGCCUCCAAAAGCAGAUGCAGCAAGCUCUCGAGAUGAUCGAGCUGCUACAAAUUCAACGCGCUUCACAAAUCCUGGGGAUGAGUUGGCAGGUUCCACUGGCAUCAUAGUAUUGCUCCGAGACCAGAUGCUGUACUGUGGUAAUGCUGGUGAUAGUCGAGCUGUUUGCAGUCGACGGGGUGUCGCGGAGCCGCUGUCCACAGAUCACAAGCCGACACUGCGCAGAGAGAAGGAGCGUAUUUUGGCCGCUGGUGGUUGGGUUGAUGCUAACCGUGUGAAUGGAAAUCUUGCUCUCUCCCGGGCAUUCGGCGAUUUUGUUUUCAAACGUAAUCCCCGACAAAACGCGGAGAAUCAGAUAGUUUCCGCAAAUCCUGACGUGUAUUCUCGUCGCCUAUCGGCUGAGGAGGACGAAUUCCUUGUAUUAUGUUGUGACGGUAUUUGGGAUGUUAUGACUAAUCAGGAGGUCGUCAGUUUCAUUCGUCUACGACUUAGCUACGGAGUCACUCCGGAGAAAGUUUGUGAGGAAUUGAUGAUGCGUUGUCUUGCUCCAGACUGCCACACCAAUGGUCUUGGUUGUGAUAACAUGACGGUCGUCCUCGUUUGUUUGCUCCAUGGCAAGCCACUGAGUGAUCUCCAACGUCGUUGCAAUCGUCCGUGCCCCUCAGGUCUCGCUGCUGACAUUUUAGGUCCAUGACUUCUCACCUGUUUUCUCACUUCGCCUAUCUUUCUCAAUGUUUUUGCCUUAGUUCUGCAUGCCUUGAAUGGUUUCAUCUUUAGUCUUUUCUGUUUGCAGUCACUUAUCUAGUUUUACGUGACGUUCUCGUGCAAUACGUCGAUACAUGCCUGUUCAUGUACCACACUGUUGGACGUUUUCAUCGGAACUUUUACCAGACAGAAAUAAAGAUUUUACUGCUUUGUUUUCACCGAGAACUUGCCAUGAAUUGGUCGUUGAUUUUGUGUUGAUUUCCAUACCCUUUGCACUUUUCCAAUGGCUGCCAAGUGUGUUCUAGCCUAUAACUGAUUCCGUUGACACACCCGGUUCGUUCCGUAAGAAGCAUAAAAUCUUGGUGCAAUAAAGCCACAUUUGGUUUAGCAAGAACUGAAUAACACCAGUAAAAAUGGGAAACG